AAGAAGCCGCGCCUUGUUUGGACAGCUGAGCUGCACGCCCGCUUCAUGAAUGCUGUCACCCACCUGGGGGUGAAGCAUGCGGUGCCAAAGACGAUCCUGCAGCUGAUGAAUGUGGAGGGAAUGACGCGUGAGAACGUGGCGAGCCACCUGCAGAAAUACCGCCUGUACCUGAAGAGG